UAUACCCUCGAUAGUUGAGUGUAUGAAAGGCUGCUUUCAAUAAGAGAGCUCUCGACGGAGGAAAAACACCCAACAAAACAGCUAUGUGCGGUGCGUUCAAUGCCCCUCCGGAUUUUCUAGGGCCUUCCAUAUUGUAAGCGGUCGUGCUACGUGUGCGGCGUUCAUGAGCGUCGUCCACGGCCGUCACGAAAGCGGAGAUUCGCCUCCACCUUCGCCAGCAUCAGCAAAGCAUCCGCGGUCGCGGUGGCAUCGCCGCAUCCAGCUGGGGCGACUUCUCGUUGGUGGGGAAGAUGACAACGACGGCGAUGACGGUGGAGGUUUGGUGUGGAGAACCGACGCUGGAGGACAUCAUUUUCUCCCUCGCGCCGCCGAUGUCGUCUUGAUUUCGGAUGAGAGCGGGAGGAGACAAAUAAACACCAUCGCUCGCUCUUUAGCCGGCUAACGCUAAGCUAUCACUUUAGCUCCACGGCUGGCUGCUUUUGAUUAACCUCUCCCCGCCCCCCCCCCCCCCCCCAUCCCCGCCAUGUGGAGACAUGCUGACGGCGAAGAGGACAUUUAAAACACCGUAGCUCACGAUUAGCAUCACGGCUAAGAUAGUUAGCUCACCCCCCCCCCCAGUCCUCGGAUUUUUCUUUCUCUCGAUGAGGAUGCUAACCGAGGGGAGCGACUGACUGACUGACCGACUGAAGGUGCACCUCGACACGCUCAUGAAGGUCAUGACAGCGAGAGAAUGAUCAUGCUGGAAAAACAGAGCUCGACGCAGGAGAUCGGCGAGGAGGUGGAGGCCGACGCCAUCUUCACCAUCACGCUGCGUAAGGUGCAGCUGCACCACUCGUCCAGCAAGGGGCAGCGCUGGCUGGGCGUGGAAACGGACGCCGGCCUCAGCCUGUACGAGACGUGCAAGGUGCGGACCAUCAAGGCGGGCACCCUGGAGAGGCUGGUGGAGUACAUGGUCACCGCCUUCAAGGGCAAAGAUUCCACCUACGUCACCAUCUUCCUCUGCACUUACCGAUCUUUCGCCACCGCCAAGCAGGUGCUCGACCUGCUGCUCAACAGGUACGCCAGGCUCCAGAAUGUUCCGGCGGCGACGGCGCAUCGCGUCUGCCAGGACGACUGCACCGAGCUCAGAAACACGGUGUCGUCCAUCUUGGGUGCGUGGUUGGACCAGUACUCUGAGGACUUUUGGACUCCUCCGGGCUACGACUGCCUCCACCAGCUGUUGUCGUACCUCCACCUUCACUUCCCCGGCUCUGACCUGGAGCGUCGCGCCCGCAACCUGCUGGCACAUUUCCACAGACGGCAGCAGUGCGAACCCGACACCGACGGCGAGCACUUGGGAUGCCCGUUCGCCACGCAGGAGGAGAGCGGCUUUGAGGACGAGCUGCCCACCUUCAGCUUCCUGUCCUUCGACCCCAUCAUGGUGGCCGAGCAGUUCACGCUGAUGGACGCGGACCUGUUCAAGAAGGUGGUCCCGUACCACUGCCUGGGCGGCAUCUGGUCGCAGCGCGACAAGAAGGGCAAAGAGCACCUGGCCCCCACCAUCCGCGCCACGGUGGCCCAGUUCAACUCGGUCACCAACUGCGUGAUCAGCACCAGCCUGAGCAACGCCGCGCUCAAGCACAACCAGAGGGCCCGACUCCUGGAGAGGUGGAUCGACGUGGCCCGGGAGUGUCGGAUCCUGAAGAACUUCUCCUCGUUGCGAGCCAUCCUCUCCGCCCUGCAGUGCAACGCCGUCCACCGCCUGAAGAGGACCUGGGAGGAAGUGUCUCGGGAGAGUUUCCGCACCUUCCGCGAACUUUCCGAGAUCUUCUCGGACGACAACAACUACUCGCUCAGCCGGGAGCUGCUGGUCAAGGAGGGAACGUCCAAGUUUGCUACUUUGGAGCUGAAUCCCAAGCGAGCUCAGAGGAGACACCAGCAGCAGAGAGACCUGGGCGUGAUGCAGGGCACCAUUCCCUACCUGGGCACCUUCCUGACAGACCUGGUCAUGAUGGACACAGCCAUGAAGGACUACACCGAGGGUGGCCUGAUCAACUUUGAGAAGAGACGAAAGGAAUUCGAGGUGAUCGCGCAGAUCAAACUGCUGCAGCUGGCGUCCAACAACUACAGCUUCACGCAGGACGCGCACUUCCGCGAGUGGUUCGCCUCCACCGAGAAGCUCAGCGAGGCCGAGAGCUACCAGCUGUCGUGCGACAUCGAGCCGCUCUCGGAGUCGGCCAGCAACACGCUGCGAGCCAAGAAGAACGGAGGCAUCAUGAAACGAUGGAGCGAUCGGCAGCUGGCCGAGGGCUCCUCCGGCUGUCUGGCGGCCGGGAGCGGCGGCGGCGCCGUGGGCUCCCACUCUAAGUCCUUUGACCACGCCCACUUCCGGCCCUACCAAGGCGGCGGCGACAGCGGCGACGCCCUCAGCGUCACCUCCGUCAGCUCCAGCGGCUCCGACCUGGAGGACGUCAACGCCAGCUUCCUCUCGGACUCGCCCGAGGGACACGAGAGGAAGACGUCCACGCCUUCGGUGAAACUUUCCGUCUCAGCGCUGGGGAGAGAAGCUUCGGCGGCAGACACGACCUCCACGUUCUGGGAGUGCACGUCGCUGUCGUCUCUGGACGCGUCGGGCACGGGCUCCAGCUCGGGCUCGGCGUCGGGCUCCAGCACGGCGUCGUCGUCGUCGGUGUCGUCGGCGGCGGCGCUGUCGCUCUCGCUGUCGGCGUCGCGCUCGCACAAGCGCUCGGCGUCGGCCGUGUCCAACUACUCCACGCUGUCGCUGCCCCUCUACAACCAGCAGGUGGACGACUGCUGCAUCAUCCGCGUCAGCCUCGACGUGGAGAACGGAAACAUGUACAAGAGCAUCCUGGUGACCAGUCAGGAUAAGACGCCGGCCGUCAUCCGCAAGGCGAUGAUCAAACACAAUCUGGAGAGGGAGAAAACAGAAGACUACGAGUUGGUGCAGAAGAUCUCGGAAGAGAAAGAGCUUCGCAUCCCCGACAACGCCAACGUCUUCUACGCCAUGAACUCCAGCGCCAACUACGACUUCGUGCUGAAGAAGCGCGGGCCGGCGCGGCCGGCGCGCGCCAAGACGGUGGCCAGCUCCACGCUGCCGCGCAUGAAGCAGAAAGGACUGAAGAUCGCCAAGGGCAUUUUCUGAGAGCGUCGCGCUUCAGCUCGGGACCUCAGUUUGCGGGCCAAGUCGCCGCCUCGUCGACACGUCGCACUUUGGAUUUGGUUUGGUUUUUUGUCUUGUGGCAUCCUGGCCCCGCGUUGGCGCACGAUCAAACGGACGCUGUCCCGGAAGUAGGACGGCAGUGGCACUUUGGGAUUUUGGACGGCGUUCCGACCCAGCGUGUUGACGCACGCUCAAACGGGCCUCGUCCCGUGGGCGGGAUCCACGGGGCCCCCGGGACGCCCGGCGUGUAGACGCGCGGUCGGACGGACGGGAUCCGGAUGUUCCCGUCGCCCGCGUUGUUGACAAAUGGUCAAACGGAGGCCGUCCCGCCGGUAGGAUCCGGAUUUUCCAGAUGCCGGCAGUGACACGUGACGGGAGGGCCGACAACGUGUAUAUAUGACAGCUGUGCCGUGCAUUUUUUCAGGUUUUUUUUUUUUUUUUUUUUUUUUUUUUGGUGCUGAUGAUCUUUUAUUGAAGCGGUGCCAUGUUUCACUCGUUGCCGUGACUGGAAGCAAUUGAAGGACACUUUUGGAAUUUUUGACCACUAGCGGGCCUCGGCCGUCAAUUGUUGUUGCGAUCGGCGUGUCUUUUUUUUUGUUUUUGUUUUUUUACGAAGGACUUUGCACUUAGGAAGGAAGGCUCAGUGCUUGGCAUAAAUGGCGACAAGGCUGGUGUUUAUCCAUUUCUUAGUCGAGAUUCAAAUCAUCCGAAUAUAAGCCU